AUGGAUAACUGCCUUGCCGGCGGCGGCGAGGAGCACACUCUAGAAGCGAAAAAUCCAGGUUGGAAACAGGAAGACGGCCGAGAAGCAGAAAAGAUGCGUAUCGAAGAUUGCUCGUUCUGCGGACGACCCUCGUACCCGUCCAAGGGUAUUACCUUUGUACGAAAUGACGGAAAAUCAUUCCGCUUCUGCCGCUCCAAGUGCCACCGCAACUUCAAGAUGAAGCGCAACCCGCGCAAGCUCAAGUGGACCAAGGCAUACCGGCGCAACGCCGGCAAGGAAAUGGUCGUCGACGGGACCCUCCUCUUCGGCCAGCGCCGCAACGAGCCCGUCCGGUACGACCGCGACCUCGUGCAGCGCACUCUCACCGCCAUGCAGCGCGUUUCAGAGAUUCGGCAGCGCCGCGAGCGCGUCUUUUACAAGCGCCGCAUGGCCGGCAAGCGCGCGCGCGAGCUCGCGUCCGCGCGCAAGCUCGUCGCCGAGAACGAGCACCUGCUGCCGCGCAUGCGCGGCAGCGAGAAGAAGCGCCUGGAGGAGAUGGCGGCGGCCGGAGAGGAGGUGGACAUCGAGGCCGAGGAGAUGGCGGCGACGAGAACGUACAAGACAAAGGCGUUUGGGCAGGAGAAGCGCAGGCUGCGCGUGCGCGCGGACGGCGAGGUCGAGGAAGCCAUGGACUUGGAUUAG